UUGUCUGUAUAAAUACGAACACUCUCUUCUCAUAAACUCCACAAAAACAAGUUCUCGUACUUUGCUUAACAAAAAAAAAAGAGUCUUUUUGUUUUGUCUAAAUGGCGCCGACAGUAAAAACGGCGGCCGUUAAAACCAACGUCGGCGAAAAGAAAGAGCACCAUUACCGAGGAGUGAGAAAGAGGCCAUGGGGUCGUUACGCCGCCGAGAUCAGAGAUCCGGUGAAGAAGGUUCGAGUCUGGCUCGGCUCUUUCGACACUGCCGAAGAGGCGGCUCGUGCCUACGACAAAGCCAAUCUCAAUUUUCGCGGCGCAAAAGCCAAAACCAAUUUUGCUUAUCCUGACUUCGUCCACGACGAGAGUGCGAGCCAAAGCAGGACCGUCGUAUCAUCGACGACGACGAUGAGCGAUCUCAAUCUUGAAACCAGGUUCCCUUUCCCGAAGGUUCAGGUCAAGUCCGGGAUGUUCUUUAUCGAGACGUCAAGGAGCGAAUCGGAAGGAUCGUCUGUGGUGAUGGAUCGUAGUCCAGAGAGACCAUCACGCCUCCCCUUGGAUUUCGAUCUCAAUUUCCCUCCAAUGCCUGAGACCUAAUUCUUAUUAAUGGGAUAUCAUUAUGAACAUGGGAUUUUAUAACUUUUAGAUGAAUUAAAUGUUCUUAAAUCCAAAUCUAAAGAUGUCGUAUCUUCUUAUUCAUAAAUGUUCUUCUUUUUUUGUCAGCAGAGAGUUAAAAAAGUAUUUGUGUUCUCAUCUGCUGUUGUUUAUCAUUAAUUGCAUAUCUUUUGUAUUUUCUGAUCAACAUAAAUAAAACUUUGUUUUCUCAUAUCA